UUAAACCGCCUUGCAUGUAGUAACUUGGUCGCAGCUCUGGUGGUCCAAUCCAGCGCGGAGCAGCCGCUCGCUUCCUGGUGCCGCUCGCCCCGUCGCUGCUCUCUCCUCCCGGGCUCGCGGCGCCUAGCGGUAGACGUGGUCACUUACAACCGAACGAAGCAUCCUCAGCUGUCACAUCUAUCACAUGAAAACGCCUGGGUCUUAUUUGCCGAUGCAUAUGAAGAUCAAAUAUGCGUUGUUAACAGAAGCAGGGAGGCAUAUGUGAAUAAACUGUCACGGGGCAAUGGGGUCGCUGCCGGCGACUGGUCCUCAAACUACACCCAGUCGCGUUCGCUUCUUGAACGCACCCCGCUGAGCACCUCGAUAUUGUUCAAGGGGAAUAAUGGCUGCACAGGAGCAGUCUCCACCAUCUUCCCUGGAAGGCAACAAACCCGGCUUCCCGAAGAAGAUUUUGGCCAACAGCCUCGAGGACAAGCAUCUGUGCAACUCGUGCCAGAAAGUGUUGAGGAGGCCCUUGCAAGCACAGUGCGGACACCGCUUUUGUUCGUUCUGUUUCAACAAAAUUGUGAGUUCCGGCCCACAGAAGUGCAGCGCUUGUAUCAAAGAAGACUUGUUUGAGGAACCCACCUCCAUUCUCAAGCAAGGCGGUGCUUUCCCCGACAAUGCGGCCCGGAGAGAAGUGGAGGCCCUGGCGGCCGUCUGUCCCAACGAAGGCUGCACCUGGACGGGCAGCAUCAAAGAGUUUGAGGCCGGCCACGAGGGCAAGUGUGACUUCAUGAUCAUCCUGUGUCCGUCCUGCAAAGAGCUGAUGAGGGCCAACGAGCAGGAGCGCCACAACGAGAGGGAAUGUCCGGAGAGGACGCUCAACUGCAAAUACUGCAAGGAACCCUUCCUGUUGAAGAACAUCAAGGCUCACGAUGAAAUCUGUCCAAAGUACCCGAUGAUUUGCGAAGGCUGUGCGAAGAAAAAGAUCCCCAGAGAAAAGUAUGUGGACCAUGUUAAGUUCUGCAGUAAAUGUAAAGCACCGUGCAGAUUUCAUGUUGUUGGCUGCGAUGCGUCUGUGGAGAAGGAGAAGCUGCACGACCACGAGCGCCAGUGUUCCUACGAGCACCUCAACCUGCUGCUGCACUUCAUCAUGGGCAUCAAGGUGAGCCUGGAGAGCCUGCAGCCCCAGAGCCUGGAGGUGGCCGGCCACAAGCUGCAGGAGCUCCACCGCUCCCUCAGGGACCUGGAGCUGAAGAUGAGCCAGAUGGGCGGGGCCGCAGCGGCCGCCGGCGCCCUCGCCACCCCCCCGGCGGCGGCGUGCGCCCCGCGUCCGGCCGUCGCCUUCACGCCGCUGCCCAGCGCCGCGCUGCAGCUCUGGAGCGAGAAGGCCAAGGUGGCGGAGCUGAGCCGCCGCUGCCUGGAGCUGGAGGUCAAAGUGGGCACGUUCGAGAACAUCGUGUGCGUCCUCAACCGCGAGAUGGAGCGCUCCUGCGCCACCAUGGAGGCCUACAACCGGCAGCACCGGCUGGACCAGGACAAGAUCGAGAUCCUCAACAACAAGGUGCGUCAGCUGGAGCGCACGGUGAGCCUGCGGGACCUCUCCGUCGUGGAGAUGGAGGGGAAGAUGAGGGAGAUGUCGGCGGCUACGUACGACGGCAUCUUCGUCUGGAAGAUCUCCGACUUCACCAAGAAGAGGCAGGACGCCGUGGCGGGCCGCGCCCCCGCCAUGUUCUCCCCCGCCUUUUACACCAGCAAAUACGGCUACAAGAUGUGCCUGAGGAUCUACCUGAACGGAGACGGGACGGGCCGCGGCACACACCUGUCCCUGUUCUUCGUGGUGAUGAGAGGCCACAGCGACGCGCUGCUCAAGUGGCCUUUUAACCAGAAGGUCACCCUGAUGCUGCUGGACCAGAACAACAGGGAGCACAUCAUCGACGCCUUCCGGCCCGACGUCUCCUCCUCGUCCUUCCAGAGGCCCGUCAGCGACAUGAACAUCGCCAGCGGCUGCCCGCUCUUCUGCCCGCUCGCCAAGCUGGACUCCAAGAACUCCUACAUACGCGACGACACCAUCUUCAUCAAGGCCAUUGUGGACCUCACUGGGCUCUAGAUCCGUUCUGGUCUCUUCACCGCGGGAGCUGCAGAAUUGGGUUCUAAUUCCCUCCCGAUGACCGACCUGCUCCAUGUCGUCGUUGGGCCCGAUGUGAACGUAUAACUAUUAGCUACUGCAGCUGUUAAACUACAAGGUGCUGGUGAUGCUAACAGCGUUUUUGUUAUCUGAUUUUCACCUGGGGUUUUUGUAUUGUAUUUUUUUAUUUACAUUUUUUUAAUCGCCACUAAUUUCCUAGAUUUUGUUUUUUGGGGGGGAGGGCGUGACUUUAGCAUUUCCGACGUGGCGUUCCAACGACGGUGUGAUAAUCCCGUGUAGCCUUCAGCGUACGCAGUUGGACUAGUUUGCUGCUCCUGGAACGUCUUCAGCCCUCAAGUGUUCAUUCGUAUCAUUCGUGGACUUUGCUUGAAUUCCAUGAAUUCUGAGUGCAGUAUUCCCGUGUGCGCGGCGUUCCAUUUCUCUGCUGUUUCGCGAGCAUGUUGGCUCUGUGGAAGAUGGACCUCGUCUGGCCACCGAGUCAAAGCCCAGUUCCCACACAUGGAAACAUCACAUAUUUUAUAUUAAAAAUCUAACCUAUAUUUACAAGUCUGAUAGAUCCAAUAUUUGUUGUCUGCAUAUUGGAAUUUUUCUUUGACCUUUUUUACCAGGGAUACCAUCAAUUCCAUUUGAGCAAUUCAUAAUAUUUCAAAACAUUCAUACGUACAAAUAUUAUAACGGCCAUAAAUGAGGAUUGAAUUGACCUUUCGCAGUGAUUUUAUCUCUUGGAAAAGAAUGAUACCGAGGUUAAGAAUGCCAUAUAUCGGGAAAUAUCGCCGCGUAUGUGGCGAUAUAUAUGUCGAGACGUCAGCCAAGACAAAUCAUUCCGAUUUUCUCAAUUCUAAUUUUAAGAAAACGGUUGCAGUAUGAAGAGCAGGCAGGCCGCCAUAUGCAUACAAUCGGACCGUCACUUUUUUUUAUGCAACGGGAUCAGCGUUUGCAUUCUUAAGCGUGUGUCAACAUUUUCUCACGCCAACAUUCGUCACCUGCAUUUCAGCUUUGUGAGUGCACACGUAUCAUUCCUCAGCUGCGCCUGUUUGUUGAACUCGUAAUGUCACUGAAUGCAGAACGGGACGUCGAUGCUUCUUUGGAGACGCGGUGAUAUUUCCAUGUGGGCGGAGCUUAGACACGCAGACGCCGCGUGGAGGCUGGAAUUGAGAUGGGAAGAGAGUCGAGGUAUUAGAAGAGGAAACGGUGGAUAUUAUUGUAAUAUUUUCCUAUUUUUUACUUUCCUCACAGCUUUGAACUGACCUACUUUUUACAGAUAAAGAAGUGCCUGUACCUUUUUUUAAAUUAUUAUUUAUUUAUUUAUUUUGAAAUGUUCCAUGUGCUUUCCUGUGAGUUCAAACCUACCAAAAUGUGAAAAUAAUUUUGUGAAGUGUAUUUUUUUCAUUUGAAUGUCUUACCGUCUCUCCCCCACUCCUCCUCUUUCUGAACUCUUUGAUGUGAUGAAAUCCCAGUGACUAAGAAUGUCUCGCUUUGCAUACACAACACUAUUGAAUGUUCCCGUUUUACUUUAUGUAAUCAUAGAUGGCAUCUUCCUCCAAACACACACGACACGUUUAUAAACCUCUCAACAAAUACCGGAAUCUGGAAAUGGAAACAUGCAUUUAUAUGAAAAAAAACACAAGUUCAUAUUGUGGACCAGCAUUUUAUUGGAUAAUCAAUAUAUACAGCACGCGAGCGUGUGAUUAAAAUGUAGGUCCCACCUUUUUGAUGUAGAGCUUCGAUGCGGUAUGUGUGCUGCUAUGGAAAACAUAUCUGAGUAACGUAUAGAUCGUGUAUAUUGAGGAUUCUAUCGUGUGCUGAGACCGCUUGAAAGCAAAUUUUUGCAGGUUUGUUUGCAGAAAAGACGCGGCCUGUAAUCUGACCCCUUUGCUGCCUCGUCGUUACGGAAACGUGGUCCUACAUCCUUUCUCCAUAUUCAGACCAUGCUGUGGACAUUUUGCAGAUGACAUUUUUUCCCUCGGUGCGGACCGUGGCCUCCAACGGCUGCUACCUGCCACGCGGACGUUUUUUCUUUUCGCUCCUUCUGCCCGACGCGGGCCGGGACUCAGUCGUCAUUCAUAGCUGGCGAACAUAACUAAAAACUAAAAAGGGCUUCACAUUUUUUCAUCCCCGUCUGCUAAAAUGCCCCUCGGAGGCAAACACACACACACACACAUGCACACAUUUGGAGCCCGGCAGAUGUUAUGCUGUAUCAGCGAUAUUGACUCUAAGGAGAUGCCACACUGCCUCACUGUUAUCGCAACAGAACAAUGUGUCAACGUGACGUGCACAUUUCCAAUAUUACUCCGACUGGAACUGUGUUUGAUUCCUUCACAUCUCUGUUUUCUCUCUGAAGCCCGUGUUGAGAUUUAGGAUGAGGAGCUUUUUUUUCAUCUGUAGCAAUGACAUGAAACUGCAAAUUCGCUUGUUGUUCUCUCUGCUACUACGUCGGUGUGGAUAGUGACUCGUCGUGUGUUCGUGAAACUUCUUUGUACUACCGGGAAAAAUGUUGUUCCAUAUUUGUAUUUUGUUUUUGUUUUAUUAAAGGUUUUAAGAUGCCCUCUA